AGAGGUAGCGUACUGGAAACUUUGGUCGGUACGUUGACAAUUUCCGCAGCAGGUAGCCCGAACGAACUUCAAACUCCACGACGACCGCAAAACCGACGACGCCCACCCAAUACUAACCGCACGCACAUCCCACAGUCGCCCAACAUGGCCUCCCAGAGUGUGCAAUGCUUCGGCAAGAAGAAGACUGCGACUGCUGUCGCCCACUGCAAGGCCGGAAAGGGUCUCGUCAAGGUUAACGGAAAGCCUCUUUCCCUCAUUCAGCCCGAGGUUCUGCGAUUCAAGGUCUACGAGCCCAUCCUGAUCCUCGGUGUUGACAAGUUUGCCGAUGUCGACAUUCGCGUCCGCGUCUCUGGUGGUGGUCACACCUCGCAAGUCUACGCCAUCCGCCAAGCCAUUGCCAAAUCCAUCAUCGCCUACUACCAAAAGUACGUCGACGAGCAUUCCAAGAACCAGCUCAAGCAGGCCCUCAUCCAGUACGACCGCACACUGCUCGUUGCCGACAACAGGCGGUGCGAGCCCAAGAAGUUUGGUGGUCCAGGUGCCCGCGCCAGGUACCAGAAGUCUUACCGUUAA